UGCCCGCCGGGCCGUCUGCGCCCGCCGUCGGGUUGGAAAAUGAACCCCGCUCCCGCGCCGCCGCCGCCGGGGCAGCAGGUGAUCCACGUCACGCAGGACCUGGACACGGAGCUGGAGGCGCUUUUCAACGCGGUGAUGAACCCGAAGCCCAGCUCCUGGAGGAAGAAGAUCCUGCCCGAGUCCUUCUUCAAGGAGCCCGACUCGGGCUCGCACUCGCGGCAGUCGAGCACGGACUCGGGCGGCCCGCCGCCGCGGCCCGCCGCCGCGCAGCACGUCCGCUCCCACUCCUCGCCCGCCUCGCUGGUGGGCUCGGGCGCGGCGCAGCAGCACGCGCACCUCCGCCAGCGCUCCUACGACGUGACGGACGAGCUGCCGCUGCCGCCCGGCUGGGAGAUGGCGCUCACGCACACGGGACAGCGGUACUUCCUCAAUCACAUAGAAAAAAUUACAACAUGGCAAGAUCCUCGAAAAACCAUGAACCAACCGCUGAAUCACAUGAGCCACCAUCCUGCAGCUACUUCCACACCAAUACCACAGAGGUCUAUGGCAAUGUCUCAGCCAAAUCUCGUCAUGAAUCACCAGCACCAAAUAACACCCAGCACAGCCAUGUCACAGCAGAGUCGUCCUCCCCAGACUCCGCAGCCAGGGCUGUUGAACUUGCCCAGUGCACUGACCACACAGCAACAGCAGCAGCAGAAGUUGAGGCUCCAGAGAAUCCAGAUGGAGAGGGAGCGAAUUAGGAUGCGUCAGGAGGAGUUACUGCGACAGGAAGCUGCUCUAUGCAGACAACUUCCCAUGGACUCCGAAAACAUGGUCCCAGUUCAGACAGCUGUGAAUACACCUGCCAUGACACAAGACAUGAGGCCUAUUACAAAUAAUGGAUCCGAUCCUUUCUUGAACAGUGGGCCAUACCAUUCCAGGGAACAGAGUACAGACAGUGGCUUGGGAUUAGGAUGCUACAGUAUACCAACGACGCCUGAAGAUUUCCUCAGCAAUGUAGAUGAGAUGGAUACAGGAGAAACCAUAGCACAGACAACAAUGAACAUAAAUCCACAACAAACACGUUUCCCUGAUUUCCUCGACUGUCUUCCAGGAACAAAUGUUGAUCUUGGGACUCUAGAGUCAGAAGACUUGAUCCCUAUCCUCAACGAUGUUGAGUCAGUACUCAACAAAAAUGAGCCCUUCCUUACCUGGCUGUAAUCAUUCAAUGCUGAUUGGGCCUACAAUGCAAUUCAACAUUUCUUUUUCCUCUUGAGAUAGAGGUAGAAUAUCUGAAAAUCCUCAAGAGAUACACCUUACUGCCUUAAUGACUUUUGUUACAUCAUCGUUAUGGUCAGUUUAAUCUCUGCCUGGAUUUGAUUGACACUAAUUUAAAUAUAAAAUACAUAUAUAUAUAUAUAAAAAUACAUAUAUGCAUACAUAUUUCUUCCUCUUUAAAAAAAGCACACUACUUUACACAUCUGUAUACUUCUUUACCUUUUCAGACCAGGCAGAAAUCUUUCACUUCAAGUACAGAAAGUGGGUGGUGGUUGUGCAUGUGCCUGACUGAUCUCCUAGGUAUUGAGCAACAUCACGAACCCUUCAUGAGUCACAAAAGCUAACUACUCUGUCACUUGGUUCAAAGAUCGUGCACAGCAUCAGACCGUGAGAGCAGUUUUAUUACUAUGUUUAUGACAGUAGAAUCACAGAAUGGUUUGGGUUGGAAGGGACUUAAAGAUCAUCUAGUUCCAACCCCCCUGCCAAUAGUAUCAGAAGCUUUUUUUAUCAACUUACUUAAGCUUUAAAAUUCUUUCUUUCGUUCUUAGUAACUAACUGUGCUGUAUGGAAUACAGAUUAAAUCUGAUCCAUAUCAGCCAUAAUAAUUCUCAUUAUAUUUUUGUAAAGGCACAAAUAGUACUAUUGCAGUUUCUUUUUUUCAGUAUAUUACUGUAUAGUUUUCGGAAAAUAAAUACUUGCAAUCUGAAAGUACCAGAAUUGUUUAGCAACGUUUUUACACUACAAUAUUGUUGCAAAAUAAACCAGACUGGUACUGACUGCUGCCUUUUAAAAACAAAGCAAUGUAUUAUAAACAAGCAUUUUUUAAAAAGAUUUUAGAUUUUGAUGUUUAUUAUAUUAAGCACUACAAUUUUGUAACUUAACGUAUGAACAAACAAUUUUUUAUAUAUAUAAAAUCUGUGGCAAAUAUCUUAAAUGCAAAACCAUGCUUUUAAAAUCAGGUCUGGAAAAUGUGGCACAACUUGUUAAUGUCAUGUAGUGGGGAAAAAACCUUGCUCAUACUGUUUUCAGUAAUGUUUUUAACUGACAAUGUCAAAAUACAUGUAGUUGUAUACAUGAAAAAAGAUGGUAACUUUAUCAGGGCAAUGCUAAAGCAGUAUUGUGACUUGUCUGGUAAAGUUGCUUAGUUCUUCAGUCUUUCGCUUCUUGUAAUUGGUGUACAGGACACAGGGCGUGUUCUGUGUAUUUCUACCUAUUGUAUAUCCUACAAGUACUUUUAUCAGAGGUUUGGGACUGAGAAGGCAUCAAGGACAUUAAGCUUGCAGUUCCCCUGAAAUGCAAAUGACGUCCUAAAAUUCUUAAAUAUUUUGAAAUUAUAUUAUUUAUAAUCUAUGAA